GGCUGCUUCGGCGUAUGCUGUUUCUUCGGGCGAAAUCUUGAAAUCGAUGAACACAGGUCUAUGCGUUUGCCUUUGGCCUAUUCGACGCUGAGCAUCAUUGGCCGAUUUCAAUUUCUCAAGCAACUCGAUCAUCCGCAUCUUUGCGCCUACUUAGACAUUCAGCGAGGAAAAUACGAUUGGCUAUAUAUUGUAUCAGAGCAUUACUGUACCACUAUUUCCAGUCUGAUGAACUUGGACGAUGCGCAUAGAAGGGAGCGAAUUCCUCAGAUCGCGUUUGAAAUCCUCAGUGGCUUAAACUAUCUGCAUCAAAACGGUAUCGUGAAUGGUUUUUUGUGCCCAGAAAAUGUUUUGCUCAACUCCAAGGGGUGGGUCAAAUUGUCACAUUUUGGUCUCUAUCAUUUGUCGGACAAGGGUAAAAAUGUCACCUUCCCUAUUGGAGAUCCGUUUUAUUCAGCCCCCGAAAUGUACGGAAAUGCCGACGGAGUUCCACACAGUCGAAAGUGCGAUGUUUGGUCGUUUGCACUAAUUAUUCUCGAACUCGUUCUGGAACGGAUCAAAAUUCGAUUCUCGGUUUGA